AUGACAGAAGGAACAACUUACCCCAAGGACAAGGCUGCCGUCACAGACGAAACACAGGAUGUAAGCAGUGGUGAGCUUCUCAAUGAUAACCAUGGACUGAAGCGGCACUUAAGCAACCGCAAAAUCCAAAUGAUCGCCAUUGGCGGUUCUAUUGGGACAGCCAUGUUCGUCAGUAUCGGCAGUGCCUUAAAUACCGGAGGUCCAGCCAGCUUGCUAAUCGCUUACACCUUGUACUCUUGCGUACUGGCCCUGGUAAACAAUGCCAUGGCCGAGAUGGCCAUCUAUAUGCCAGUUAAUGCUUCUUUCAUCCGCCAUGCUUCCGUCUGGGUCGACGAUGCCUGGGGUUUCAUGGCCGGCUGGAACUUUUUCUUCUAUGAGGCUAUUCUGAUCCCCUUUGAGAUCAGUGCCCUGAAUCUGAUUUUGAGAUUCUGGAGUGACUCUAUUCCAGUCGGAGCCAUAUGUGCUGCAUGUAUCGUAUCUUAUGGGUAUAUCAAUCAUCCGCAACGCCAAUCCCCAGCCCUCACAAUAUCUCCUGCUCGAACUCCCCCCAUUCCCUUACUCCGAACAACCUCGCCACUUCUUCCUGCCCCAGAUAUGGAAUUUCACCUAGUUUCUUAA